GAUGGCCAAGAUGGCUGCCUCCAUGUUGCAGCAGGGGGAAGACGCUUUUAGAAAGUUGUUUAAAUUCUAUAGAAGAAAAAACCCACCUCCUGAUUUCAGUGAUGUCAUAGAUUUUUCUAAACCUGGCAAUCAUUCUAGAAAAGUGUUCAACUGUGAUCUAAAUGCAGCACUAUUAAGUGAUGGAGACGCCUGUAGAGCUGGUCUUCAUCCUGUCUGCAAAUGGAAGGCAUUUGGUCUUGAUGGCUACCCAGGUUUUAUUUUCAUCUCAAACCCGUUCCUUCCUGGUUCACAACGUCACUGGGUGAAACAGUGUCUCAAAGUAUAUCCUCAGAAACCUAACAUCUGCAAUUUAGACAUGCAUAUGUCGCCAACGGACACAGACAAUUUGUGGGAGAAAAGCAGAGAUCAAAUAAGGCAAAAGUGUGCUGCAAAAAGAGAACCUAAAAGUCUGCUGGAGAAGCUUCGCUGGGUGACUAAUGGGUAUCAUUAUAACUGGGACACCAAGAUGUACUCUGCGGAUCACUACACCCCAUUCCCCUCAGACCUGAAUGCUCUGUCUGAAGGAGUUGCAGCAGCUUGUGGCUUCCAAAACUUCAAAGCAGAGGCUGGGAUCCUGAACUACUAUCACUUUGAUUCUUCUCUUGGAAUUCAUGUUGAUGAAUCAGAGCUGGACCACUCUCGGCCACUGUUAUCAUUCAGUUUUGGCCAAUCGGCUGUCUUCCUGCUGGGUGGCUUGAGGAGGGAAGAUCCAGCCACUCCUAUGUUUAUGCACAGUGGAGACAUCAUGGUUAUGUCUGGGUCGAGUCGGCUCCUGUAUCAUGCAGUUCCUAGAAUAGUCUCCAGUCCCGACAAGCAGGCUGUGCCUCAAUGCCUGGUUCAAGAACUUGCAGAUGAUACUCCAGAGGACUCUGUUGUACAAAAUGUUUCUGAAGAGGACUGGGCAGUCUGUGCAAAGUAUAUUCAGACCUCUCGAAUCAAUAUGACUGUGAGACAGGUACUAGGACUGGGAAAGGCUUUCCCAACGGAGCCUGAUAAUGAAAACACUGUUGACAUCCAGCCAGGCGCUUAUCACGAAGGAAGCUCAGACAGUGAAGAAAGUAAAGUUAAACGAAAAAAGCAAUAACUCUGAACAUUGUGGACACUUGAAUUAGGAUAAUAACUUAUCCCAGAGGCCCUGCUUUGAAAUGUUUACUGUUACAUCACAUUAAAUGAUGCCAUGAAAAUUGUCAUCUUGUUACGCAUAAGCACAAGAUUAUUUGUCUCAGAAUGUCAUUCUGACCUGAUGCCAAUGAUCCCAUGUACUUUACAGUCCCUGCAUGAUACAGCAUACUCUCAGAUUGUGGGGGGUCAGUGCUAUCUGGACCACCUAACUAAUGUACAUUGGUUUGAGCUCUUCUGCUUUUGAUUAAGAUCCAUAGUAGUGUGUGAUUUGAGUGGCCAAAUAUUAACUAUGCAUUCCUUUGAACACUCAGUCAUAAUCAUAAGAUAUUCAGUAGUACAAAUAGAAACUUGUUUAUAACAUUAUGCAAAUGUUUUGACGAGAAUCCAGUUUAUUUUUAGUUUUACAGAAUAUUACAUUAUUUCAAACCUAUUCACAUUAUCGAACAUCUUGCUAUAAGCCCUUGGUUUUAAAGGCAUCUUGCGAAGCUGGUCUGUUUCUAGACGAUUACAGUGGACUGCUAAGAUCCUAAUAACUCUGCAAAAAUAUACCUAGCAGCUAGAGCAUUCAUUUUGUAUUGGUCCUACUACCACUACCGGGCAGCAAGCUUCACAAUUCACAAGCAUAAUUCAAAAUUAUAAUUAUCGUUCAUUUUACAAGUUGUUUGUUCCACAUUCAAAACAUGUAUCUGUCCACAGCAUUGAUAAAGUAUACCUGUCAUAUUCACAUAGGUAAACUAAGUCCUAUAAAGUAGCAGGAUUAUACAAGGUCACAAAUACCAAGUUGAUUCUGUUUUCAAUGUCACGAUUCCCAUCUUUCAAAAGCUACAGUAAAAAUGCCAUGGCAAAGGUAUCUGGGUAAGGAAAUGACUGCUAAUGUGAAUUAUUUUAGUUUCCUUCUAAAGUUUACAAUUAUUUUUUAACUAAUGGUAAACAUAUUUCUGUUGAUGGCCCUAUACAGAAUUGCUACACGAAUAUCGAGUUUUAGCAAACUAUAGAUUCAGCACCUACCAAAUCCUCUCAGACUUGCAAGACGAUGUAGCAGUAAUUUGCAUAAUGAUCAAAUGGCUGUUAAGCUAAUUUCUGCUUGCUUCUGCAAGUGUUUUUUGUAAUACUUGGUAUGCAUUGGAAAUCCCCAGGGCUCUCAUUCAUUUACUCUGGACCAGAUUAUUUUUGCUACAAUGUCCUUAUGUAUUUAAUAUUGCUCCUUAUCAAGGACUGACAGUGUGUUUGGAGGUUCCUUUUUAUUAAAAAUUAAAGGGAGUCUGGUAGAUUUACAUUGCUCAUUAUAAUUUAAAUACCUGUCCGUUCCAGUGGCAGUCUGUUUGCAUCUUAAAUAGUCACAAAGUGUCCAUCCUCAUUUUACUGUAUAUCAUACUUAUAUAUUAAUGAGACUAAGCUGCAGUUAAUCAUAGCAGUUGGUGAAUAUUCCAAAAGUAAGAUAAGAGAAUAAAAAGUGAAAGGCAUUUUGCUUCAGUAAACUGGAACAGAAACUAGUAUGGUAAUAGAGGUUCGUAGCCAGGCACCUGCGUAUUGUUUCACCACAAUUUGUGUUUGUUAUUUCUUUUUCUCAGCUCCUUUAGCUAAUCUUUUUUUUUCAUAUUUUCUUGAACCCUUUUAUACAGUAUAAAUAUUCUGGUAAUUUCAUGGUUUUAGGAUACUUGCAGUGCUUUUGAUGCAUGGUCUCUUCAUUUUAUUGUCUCUCUCCUAAACUUUUUCUCAUUUCUUUCGUCCAAGAACACAUAAUACUGGUGUUCCCUCAUAGUUAGAUUAAAUAUGUAAUCUCCGACAAUUAGUUUUUUUGUUUUUUUUGUUAAUUAAUUUGUUUAUUAUGUAAAUGCUGUAGAAGGCCCCCAAUUGCCUGACAUCUCACAGCUUAAUUAAGUAGAAAAUAUUCUUCUUAACAGUUUAGGUUAAUGCUGGAGGCCUCUGCGGGUAUGUUCAUUAGAUUGAACGUUGAAAACAAAUCAAAACACUGUCGACAGAGGUUGUAUUUCUUCAUGAAUCCAUCCCAUGCCAAUGCCAAUGCCAAUAAAGCAGUGUGUGAAUGAAGUCAGGACUGCCUUUUGAAAGCACAACGCAGCAAAAUGCUUUUUUAUUUAUAUUAUUGAUUAAUCUAAAUGUGUUCAUUGUAGUCAUUAAGUCAUACAGGAUUUAUUUGUCAGCUGUAUCCAAAUGUGGUCGAUACACAAACCUUUGAAUUUUUUUAAAGAUUAGACUUUACCUUUAAGAGAGAACCAUUGUAUCAAACAAAAAACAUAAAACAAUGCUAGCACAGUGCCCAUUCUCAAGAGGAAAAUUCCUCUGCUGACAAGUGUGUUGGCUAGUUAGAUCCUGUGGUUACAGUUUUUUAAAUUGCAAAGUUGCAAUGAGAUAAUAAAUUACAUGAAAUUUACAAAUACACCCUAUUCACACUAACUAAAUAAUGCAUGAUCAGUGCUGUACGCUUCAUUCACAAAUGUAUUAGGUAGUGUAUUAGAAAUACAUUAAAAUGUUUGGGUGUUUGGACAACAUCUUAAGUACUCUGAAUCAGUAUGAAUGUGCCCUCUUAAGGUGGCUUAACAUCAGCACCAUAAAAGCAGUGCCUUACAAGCAUUUAAAUAAAAACUUUAAAAUGACAGUACUGUAAAUUAUCCAGUACAGAAGAUGGUUUAUAAUCACUGAUUGCCAUUU